AUGAUAGUGGUAGCGCCAAUGGUGGCCCCCGUAAGCCCUGUGGGCACUGGCCGGAGGAGUGCGGGUUCCAUCACCCCAACCCCCCUUCUCACUUUCUCCACUACCUCUAAGAGUGAUGAGGCGUGAUAGUGGUAACGCCAAUGGUAGCCCCGUAAGCCCAGACCGAGCCCGCCGGAAAUCAUCACCCCACUUCUCUCCACUACCUCCAUUACCUACGGCCUCUCAUGUCUUUAGUUCACACACAUGAGCUGGAAGCCCCCGACACUCAAUGCCCUGCGCUGCCUCCUGAUUCAUCGGGCCGCCGGCUGAGACAGGAUCAAGCGAUGAUACCCUUCGCCCCGCAAAAACUGCUGACACAAACAUCGACACUUCUUGGGGCCGCACUACAGCAGCAAAUCGCGCGACCCCUGCACUGGGGGUCGCGUUCCCCUCUUACGACUUCACUAAUUCCGCUUUAUUUUCCUCCACAUCACCUGAUACUUGAUCCAGCACUGGUAAUAUUAUGUGUAUAUUUGUCUAUUUACAGUAUCUGUGUCAUUUCUUCAACCAUCUUAUCCACCAUCCGAUAUUACUCGAUGUCUCUUCCAAACUUCUUUCACCCGUGUCGCUACAGUACGGCAUAUGCCGAUAGGCACACAUACUGCCGCACACAGUACUUCAAUUUUAAUACUUCAGCCAACGGGUUAUUUGCAAUGCUCAGCAGAACAGGCUCUACCAAGCGCAAGCACCCCGACCUAUCAACGCAGGAUGGGAUUAGUCCACCUUACAUGACUGCGCUUGUUCAGCGAAACUUCGCAAAAUUAUGGACUGCGCCCGAAUUUCCAGCAAAAUCGUCGCUCGAUGAUGAAAUUUUCAGCAAUGCAACUGAUGGGAAUGAUUACCAUCCGAGCUUCAGGGCUGAAGAAGCGCUGUGGAAUGCAAAAUCCCGAGUUGUUCGGUGGAAAGGAAACAGCAUCAAGAUUCAAGGAGACAAAGUGUUCUAUCAUACCGCACAGAUACAAAAUACGGUGUUCCAGGUGGGAGACUACGUCACAAUUCCCGCCGGUUGUUUACGCGAGCCACCGGCUGUGGAGAAAAUAUUUUGUGAUCAAGCAUCAAGGUCAUCCAAUCAGGACGCAAACACGAAGUGGUGAGUGAAAAGAUUUUCUGGUGCCCCGAGCUUGAAAAUGUUUGCAUAGGUACGCACGCAUUAUCCAGAUGUUUCAAAGGAAGCACGCAAAGAUGGCGCAUGUUCAGUGGCUUGUGCACUCCUCAAAAACCAUCUUGCUGGAGGCUCAUCACCCGCGCGAACUUCAUAUCACAAAUGGCUGUAACUCGAUCACCGCUGAUCUAAUUGAGGAUCUUGUUCACGUUCAAAUGCUGCGCGUUAAUGAACGCGUCCCUAGAUACUCAAAAGAGGAUCCUGGAAACCUGUACUUCGUUAGGCGAUCAUGGGCAU